UGUAGACUCUCAGAUCCGAUCCUAGCUCCCAGUUUAGCCGGAGCUUCUGCUCCUAGGCGAAGUCGUGACCUCAUGACAUCGAAAUUUAUGAAACUCGGUGGCCAAUUUAUCGACAAAUUAAAACGUGUGACGACCUUGCCUGCUCACCAUACCGAUUUGGUCCAAAGGGUUUCGACUUUGAAAAACGAGCUAUUAGCGAUAGGUGAUAAUAAGGAGAAGUUCGAGAGCGUUUUGGAUCAGAAAGGGCAGUGGUUGUUUAGAAGCUAUCGUGAUGGUGCUGGGAUCGUCGAGCUUAUGGAUCAACUCUUUCCUCGUCCUUCCUUAGCUCUUCAGGUUUUAGAUUGGAGGAGAAGACAAUUGGAUUGUUGUAUCCCUUUGACAUCGGAGGAGUACGCAAAAGGAAUCAAAGUCGCCGGUCGAGCUAAAGACGUAAACUUUGCAUUCGAUCUCUUCAACGAGGCUGCUACGAAACGAAACCAAACAACUUCAGUUUACAAUGCUUUGAUGAGUGCUUACAUGUACAACGGGCUUGCCGUGGAAUGUCAGUCACUUUUCAGAGAUUUCAGUAGGCAGACGCAUUGUGCUCCCACCAUUGUGACCUAUAACAUUCUGAUAUCGGUCUAUGGCCGGCUUCUGAUGGUAAAGAACAUGGAAGCAGCUUUCGAGGAGAUUAAAAAACGAAAGCUUUCUCCGAACUCGGGAACUUACAACUCUCUGAUCGCUGGUUAUUUGACUGCCUGGAAUUGGGAUAAAAUGGAAGCUACUUUCAGAGAAAUGAAGACUGGUCCCGUUGAGCCUGACACAGAGACGUAUCUGCUAAUGCUUCGGGGUUAUGCAAACUCGGGGAAUUUGAAUAAGAUGGAAGAGAUGUAUGAGUCGAUUAAAGAUCACGUUGGUGUAGACAGAGGUCCUUUGGUCAGAGCCAUGAUCUGUGCAUAUUGUAAGAAAGCUGUUGAAGGUAGAGUCGAAAAGAUUGAGAAUUUGCUGAGUCUUCUCUCUGGGGAAGAGUAUUUUCCUUGGUUGAAUGUUCUUUUGAUUCGUCUGUAUGCUCAAGAAGACGUUCUGGAGGCAAUGGAGAGGAAAAUCGACGAGGCGUUUGAGCAUAACACAUGCGUUAACAAAUCGAGUAUCAUGCGGGCGAUCACUGCGGCUUACUUCAGGUGUAACGAAGUCGACAAUCUUGUUAAUUUCGUCAAGCGUGCCGAGUCUGCUGGCUGGAAACUAUGCAGGUCUCUCUACCACUGUAAGAUAAUGAUGUACGGCUCCCAAAAACGCUUUGAAGAGAUGGAAGGUGUUGUAAAUGAGAUGGGGGAGACUAACUAUGGCCUUGUAACUAAAACGUUUGCAAUUAUGUAUAAGGCUUACAAAAGGCAUGGAAUGGAGUCAAAUGCUGAGAAAGUGAUGGGGAAGAUGCUGAAACAUGGGUGUCUAUGUGUUCCGAAAACACAUCGAGCUCAAUCGGCUUUAGAUGCGCCUCAAUUUGCGUAA